GAUAAGAAAAUAUUUGUUCCCAUUUGUGAUAUUUCUGUCCUGGGCACCGCCGGAAUUAUUUGUUAAGGUAGCACGGUGGCCCGUGGUUAUUUCUCCUCCACUCUCUCUUAUUUCCCAUUUUGUGGAGGUCCCUGAGCUCAUUCCCACUUCAUUGCGGUCAACUUUCAAUAGGUACGAAGCGAUGCGCGCUCUUUGCCGCGGUGCACGCCGGGACUUGUAGUCCUCGUCUGUCCGCCUCGCUCCACGUGACCGCGGCUCAGCCAAUCACAGCGUCCAGACGUCGCCGUGACAACCCAGGUAAACAAGAUGGCGGUGAGGGCGCUGAGAGCGGGGUACAGUUCCCACUGACAUGGAGCUCAUGUCAUCCAUGAUGCAAAAAAUCAGUUUGUUGGAACAAAAAAUAGAUAAACAAGCACAAGAAAUCCAAUUGAAGGACAGGAAGAUUGCGGAGCUUGAGGAGAAGAUGAAGACUCUUCAGAAAGGAGAAGAUGCUCCUGACUCAUCCACAGCAGAGGAUCUGGAAAGGAGGUGCCUUCAGCUGCAGACUCAGGUCUGGGAGAUGGAGAGGUUUCUAAAUGACUAUGGUCUGAUCUGGGUUGGAGACAGACACAAAGAGCUGGAAGAUGUGGAGUCACUCAGAGAUGACGAACUGCUGGCAAAGAAGUUCUGGAAGCCAGGUGAGGCAGUUGUUUCCAAACACCAGGUUGAUUUUGAUUUAAUCUUGGAAAACGUGAAGGGUUUGAACACGCUGGCUGGAGAUGGUGUCUCUCAUGUUGAGCACACACCAGGAGGAGCUCGGCUGAGGCAGCCAGAACCCCUCCCUCUGACACUGUAUCAGAAUGGGAUCGUCAUGUUGGAUGGACCCUUUCGCUCCUAUGAGGAACAGUCUGCUCAGCAAUGCCUGCAGGAUAUUAUGGAUGGUUAUUUCCCUUCAGAGUUGCAGGCACGCUACCCAGAUGGUGUCCCUCUGCAGGUCACUGACAAAAGAGAUGUGGUAUUUCAGGAGGGAGACCUUCCUGGGAGUUUUCCUGGCCAUGGCCAAGUUGUUGGCCAUUCAAAACUAAGCAAGGUGGAGGAACCCACCGAGAUCCCAGGUCCCAAACCCUCUCUGAAGCAGUUUUGGAACAAAUAUUCUAAGUCAUCAAUGCAAAGCGAAGCAAUGGCCACCCAAGACACAGUCAGAGCAAUGCAGCAGAACUCUGAUGGGGUGCGGAGCAGCAAAGAGAUCACGGUGGGGACACCCAGGCUGCCUGCCCUGCAGAGGUACGGUUUAGAGAGAGCUGAAGAGACUGGAGCUUCUGCCCCUCAAGUCUGCACUCUCCGCAUCAAAUCUGAGAGUGGGGAGCAGAUGUAUGUCAUAAAGAUGCUGUUCUCAGAGACAAUAGGGGACCUGCGCCAACACCUUGCCCAUGCCAGGGGUGGAGAUUCCGACUCAUACGAGAUCAUCAGUACCUUUCCCCAGAGGGUGUAUGCGGACAACUCCAGGAGCCUGCAGGAAUGUGGGCUGAUCCCCAGUGCCUCCUUGCUGCUGCGGAGAAGAGACCCCUUCCCACCAGAGGGGACGGGGCUGCAAACAGCCUAGCAGCUCCUCUGCAGGAGGAAAGAGCUAUCUUGCACUGUUAGCUGAAUUACAACAUCCCCCUGGCUGGGAAGAGAGCA